AAUUUGUAAAUCCAAACAGACCGGCCAAGAAUUUGCAAAAGCUCAAGUCUUUCGCAAUGGGUGUCACUGUAUUGCUGCCAUAUCAGAUACCAGAGGGGAAAACUGGCGCACAAGCAAUCGACUACCUCACGAAACGCCUUCUGGCAUUGGGCGCCGUUCAUACCGGACAUUUCCUAGUAGAUUGCGAAACUUACAUUUCCACACCACCACAUGGCCCAGCCAAAACCGUGCAUGUGCUUCACGAUUCCGAAUAUCCAGCAUCCACGUUUUCCAUAUUAGACAACGGCGCUGGCAAGCAAAUUCCGCUAGUAGCAGACAACCUCUUCGAUUUGUUGAUGCUGAAAAUGACUACAGUGUACACGUCGAAGAAGCAAACGAAAAUCGAAUCGAAAGGUGCGCGCUUCGAAUACGGUGAUUUUCUUAUAAAACUGGGUUCGGUAACAAUGAUGGAGAAUUUCAAAGGCAUACUCAUUGAAAUCGAAUAUAGACCGUGUGUGGUGCUUUCUUAUUGCUGGGAAAUGAUACGUGAAAUGCUGCAAGGCUUUCUAGGCAUGCAAAUUGCAAAAGAAUAUCCCGCCUAUUUUUCACAGCAAAUAAUGAAUCCUAUGGGUCAACAGCAGAUACAUCAAAAACAAAACGAUGUAUAUGAACCAAUCGAUACGAUUAAUCAAUACUUGGAAAGUUUUACAAAUUAUCGCAAGCAAAAUGUGCUGCCUGUGGCGAGUGGUGGCGGAGCAUCGACAGCACAAAAUGCAGGGGCUGGCAUGCAGGGCGGCACUCAACGAAUGCGGAUGUAAGGCUUGCUAGCAAUGUGGACGUUAUUUUAAGUACUAUUAUUUAAAUGAUGAAGCUAAGUUAUUAAAAAAAAUUAAUAGCAAAUCUUUUAGACACUUUAAUACUGGUCGAAGCGAAAGAUGAAUAAUGUGGCCGGAUACAUCGUGGCAGGUAUUUGGAGUUCGCUAAGUCAAUGCGGAUCAACAUGGUAGCUGAUUACGUUGUGCUUGUUGAAAAAAUUAACAACCCAACGACCUACCUACUAAAGUCAAUUCGGGUACGCCGAAUUUAGUGUUGAUAGUUAUUUUUCUAGGUUGGGUCAUUUAAUCGAGUCUUAUACCUACAUACGUAAAAUUUAUUUUUUUAGGCAAGACCCAUUUUUUCAGCGCAGUUUUACUUCCUUUCCAUGGCUCUCAAGGGUAUCUUCUUUGCGAGGAACCCGAAUUUGAUUUUAUUUUGGAAAUACAUUUUGUUUUUAUUUAUUUAUUGAUGAAAAUACGUUUGUAAAAAUUGCAUCACAAUCGGGGAAGAAAAAAUAUGCCUACUACUAAAAAAAUUUUCUCAUUUUGUGGAAAAGCUCCUAAAUUUUUUAUGGUAAUUUUUUCUUAACUGAGGUCUCCCCUCGGCAGGCAAACGCAAACCUCCGAGUUCAUUUCUGCCAUGA